AACCCGGCUGGGCAGUCGCGGUAAACAGGAGCCGGGCCAGAGAGCCGGCGGUGCCCCCGCCCCGCGGGAGCUUUCUGGCCCUUGGGCGCAACGGCCCGCCGCUUCCCGGCCCCGAACAUGGGCAGCGGCAGCAGCUGCCGCAGCCAGAGGAGGAGCCGCCGGCCCGGGCCCUGUGCGGGGCACCAAGAUUCAAAAACGGACAAAAAGCUGAUAUGUUAUGGAAACAGAAAAAUUGCAUCAUACAGUUGCCCUAUUUAGUGUAGACCCAGCUGCAAGGCCUGACAAUGGCACCGAAUAAACACUGACUUCUAGCCUCCUUCCUGUAAUCGAUAGGACCAAACAAGGCGGUGUGAUGAACAUGCCACUGCAUCAAAUCUCUGUCAUUCCAGCGCAGGAUGUUACCUCUUCCAGAGUCUCCAGGAGCAAGACCAAAGAAAAAGAGGAACAGAAUGAGAAGGCUUUGGGGCAUUCCAUGAGCCGCUCUAGUAACAUCUCAAAGGCUGGAAGUCCAACCUCUAUCUCUGCCCCUCAGAGCUUCCCUCGGACUUCUGUUACACCAUCAAACCAGGACAUCUGCAGUUCCAGUGCAGUGUUUUCUGAGUGUUGUCAUCACAGUCCAGUGCAAUCUGCUGUUGUCUUGAAAAAUCCUCACUGCCAGAGCCCUCUGACACAAGGGGUCACUGUGACAGUAAUCUGUCAAGACACAUUACAUUCAGCAAAGAGAAACUCCCAUGGGCAGGAUCGGGACCAGGCAUGCAGAUCUGCUAAGAACGUAAAGCCCACCCGCACUCUGAAAUUCUCCAAGUCCCUCAAUGACGUGGACCAGAAGGCGCAGAGCAUCAGUGAGUGCUUUGACUACAUGGAACGAGCACGCUCAGAAGGCAAAUUAACCCCGGCUCAAGAGCAGUGUUUAAGGAUUAACAAAUUUCAUCUUAAAGACAGGAAACCACUGAAUCGCAGGCCUCUUUCUUUUAGCAAUUCUAAGCAUUCCUGUAUCCCUUCUCUUUCCAACUACCCGAGUACAUCGGGAGGAGCAGGGAACCACAGUGCUGUACAUAUCCCCUUGCUGGAGGACAAAGUGGACCAUGACACCUCAAGGAGCAAAAAACUGUUGCGUUACCUUUUCUCCUUCUCCCACACGUCAAGCAUCAGCAGCCUUCAUAAGUUCCAUGAACUGGAGAGCUAUUCCAGUCACUUCCAAGUUGAGAAGUCCUCCAGCAUGUUGGUGGAAAGCACAGACUUCUGCUCUGAUGAAAUGGGAGACGAUGAUGUCUUUGAGGACAGCACCUCAGUGAAAUUGAAAACUAAAGAGAAGCGGGCACCGCUCUGUUCAAUUGAGAAGGACAGUGACCUUGACUGCCCUUCUCCCCUCUCAGAAAAAUUCCCUCCUCUCUCCCCCGUGUCCACGUCAGGGGAUACCUGCAGGAUAUGUCACUGUGAAGGAGACGAUGAGAGUCCUUUGAUUACCCCCUGUCACUGCACGGGAAGUCUUCAUUUUGUGCACCAAGCCUGCCUGCAGCAAUGGAUCAAGAGCUCAGAUACACGAUGCUGUGAACUGUGCAAGUAUGAGUUCAUCAUGGAGACAAAACUGAAGCCCUUGCGAAAGUGGGAGAAGCUGCAGAUGACGUCCAGUGAGAGGAGGAAGAUUAUGUGCUCUGUAACAUUCCAUAUCAUUGCCAUCACCUGUGUCGUGUGGUCUCUCUAUGUCCUGAUAGACAGGACUGCUGAAGAGAUUAAACAGCGACAGACUACUGGGAUUCUAGAGUGGCCGUUUUGGACUAAGCUGGUGGUUGUGGCUAUUGGUUUCACUGGAGGACUUCUGUUCAUGUAUGUACAAUGCAAAGUGUAUGUACAGCUGUGGAAGAGACUUAAAGCUUACAAUCGAGUAAUAUAUGUACAAAACUGUCCAGAAACUAGCAAAAAGAGUAUUUUUGAAAAACCUGCACUAAUGGAGCCACACUUCGAAAGUAAAGAUAUGCUUGGAGUUCACCAUUCAGACACAAACUCUUCACAUUACACAGAGCCAGAAGACUGUGCUGCAGAAAUCCUUCACGUCUGAUUGCUGGGUUGGACGGGUGUUUCUGUAUGUCCUUGAAGAUUUAAAAUAUCAUUGUUUACUGCAAACUGCUCUACCUUUUUAAAAUUGGCUAAUAGCUGAAGGCUGGCGGGUAAAUUUUUUAACAUUUGGGUUUUGUUAGAAUUUUUUAACAUUUGGCUUUUGUUAGAAUUUUUUAAAAUCCCUUUGGCAUAUCUGUCAAUAUCAUCAUGGCUGCAUACUUCACAACAUUUUGUCUCUUGUACUGGCUGAUCAAAGAGACACAGAACACUGGGUGGAGUGAGCAUUUGGUUUGAUUAUCAAGCAAGCCACUAGUCUAUCGUCAUCAGCUUCAUGGAGUCUGUUACUUUAGAGGAUGACUCUAAAUGAUUCUGGAGUAUGUGUAGAGUGGGGUUUUUUUUGUUUGUUCUUUAAUUGUGAUGAAGGAGAUUUUCCCAGACAUUGAGAAAUGAGAGAACUAGAGUCUAAUCUUCCACUAACACUGCCACUAACAUUUUGUCUUAGGCAGCAGGUGUAAAAUUUCACUUUACAGAUUUUGAUGAGACUUAAAAAGCAUAUAGCACUUUUAAAAAUCUUUAUUUUGUAUGUAGUAUGUAUUAUCUAAUGAGAAUGAAACUUGAAAGAAUGUGUCGUUUUCAAAACAUUUCUUCAUGUUUUACCCCAUCUAUUCUUCUGGAACAUAAACCUCUUGCCUUAUAAAAAAAAUUGAAAAUCCUACCUGCAAUUUCUGACACAUGGCCACAAUAUCUUACUAAACAUAACACUAAAAAUCUCUGCCUCUGGUCUUCCUCUGAGGAGUAGUCUUCUUCAAAGGAAUUGCACUUGUUGACUUGUAUAUGGGGAGUAGUGGAUAUGUAUAGUGUUUGUUUCAAUGCAUAAUGGUUUCAUUGCUCUGUUUUGGCUUUUUAUUUUUUCAAUGGGCCAGCCAACACACCUGCACCUCUAUACCUGGUGUAAUUAUCAUUCCAAACUAUUGGAAAAGAGUUUAUCACUGCAUCAGUAAAAAUGUGAGCUGUUAUGGAUAAAAAAGAUACUUAGUCAAUACAGCUGCAAUUGGUUUUCCUUCUUUAGUGCUGCAUCAUGUGUUACUUACCUAAGAAUUUGACGUUGGCAGAAGAGAUGCUUAGGUCAAAGUUUAGAAAGUAGAUAUUGCAUGAAUAAGUUUAAAAAUACCUGCCUGGUUUUGGCCCUGAUGUGAUGCAUUACAUGUCCAGAGAAUAGUAUUGUCUGUGCUUUUGAAUUUGGGACUGGCUUUUUAAUCAGUCAGCCUUAAUGAGAGAGACAGCUUUAAAAUCAGUUUGCAAGGCUUUAUACAGAAUUGCCCAAAGCCUAGGGUGUCUCCUAUUAAUUCACUUGACCAAUCCUUCACUGAAACACUGUCCAGCUUCAAGCUCUCAUUUAACCAAAGUCUCCGCCAUAUCUGGAGUAGAAACAAAGCUCCACAAGAAGUCAGCACACGAGGCCUCUGCACUUGAAAGAUAGCUUUGUCUAUCUGAGCCCUAUCAAUGUCUCCAUCAAGGUGAUGAUUAUCUUCUGAUUCAUCUUAACUGGAGUUGCCUGGACUUCUUAGUUAAGUAAAAGCUUCUGUUUACUUGAGAUACUGAACUAAAUCCCCAGCUCCGGUUCAAGUUUUACUUAGUCUUUUUCAAGUACAACGUUCCUGGGCAAAUUGUUUUCAUAACAAAAGUAGUUACUUUUAGACUUCCCAAAGAAUAACAGUAAGAGAUCAGUCAUUUCUUCCUUAAAAUGUAAUGUAAUUUAAAUUAUAAAUUGGUAUCUUAAGGCAGAGAAGGGACUAUGGUAAGAGAACACACACCUGUGGUUUCUAAGAACUGUUAGAGGAAAAGUGUGUGUGCCUGUGCAUAUCUCGUGCUUGAAUCUUAAUAGCUGUAAUCUUCAUGAACAACAUAUUGUUCUUUAGAUGUUUUAAAAUACCCAGACCUCUAGGCAGUCCUAGCAAAGCUGCCCUUGCAUGGGUUUGUGUACAGUGGCAGGUGUCAGGAUGUUCCAUGCUUAUCUGAAUCAGACACACAGACAAACCCUGCCUACCCUGCUAGUAUUAGGGCGGUAGUCUCCAUGACCAUAGUACACACAUAGAGUUUGAUGCCUAUGCCUGCCACAAUUUAAAGUGCAAUUACUCAGGCCUUUUCCUGAACUCUGCUGUGGGUGAUCCUCUUGUAAUAGAAAUUAGAUAAUACACUGUCUUGUUUUGUUUUC